CUGGGCUUUGCAUUCAACCCGUGUCCAGAAAAGGGCUCCGUCGGGUGCAGAAGACGAGACCCUCCUUCUUUGGGAGGCCGGGAUUUAGGAGGCCACUGGGGCCGAGAGAAGACCUCCCCCUGCUGCCAUGGCUGCCUGCAGGAGCCAGAGCCUGGUCCAGGCUCAGCGGCGCAUAUCCGAGGUGCGCAACGGAACCGAUACGGAACAGCAGCUCCGCUUGUACGACGGGUGGGCGGCGGAGUAUGAGCAGGAUGUGACAAUAUUGCUCUACCAAGCUCCCAAGCUGGCUGCUUCCUGUCUGGCCUCUGUUUUCCAGGGACCGCGCGCAGAUGCUCUAGUGCUCGACGUGGCUUGCGGCACAGGGCUUGUGGCCCAGGAGCUGCAGGCAAAGGGCUUCUGCCGUUUCCACGGCCUGGAUGGCAGCCGGGGGAUGUUGGAUCAUGCGUGUCGAAAGGGGCUAUACCAGGAGCUGAAGCAGUGCAUGCUGGGCCAGGAAGCCUUGCCCGCGUCCUCAGGCUUCUACAAUGCUGUUCUGAUGGUGGGGGCUCUCAGCGAAGGGCAUGUGCCCACCAGUGUCAUCCCAGAGCUGCUUCGUGUCACCAAACCAGGGGGCUUUGUGUGCAUGACCACCCGGGAUGACCAAAGCAAUCUGAAGUACAAGAGGCGGAUGCAGAAGCUGUUGGAUGACCUGGAGCGGCGAGGAUUGUGGGAAAAGAUCAGGGUGCAAGAAGUUGAACAGUGGGAGAGGGCGACCGCUGAGCAAGAAGCCACAGGGGGCUCUGGCUACAUUUCUGGGGUGGUCUACCUGUACCAGAAGACGCCCAGCGUCGGCUUUUGAGGGAGCAGCUGAUACUUCUGCUUGCUAGGGGGCUCCACAAGGCAGCUUUCGUCCAGUAGGUGCUGAUCAGAGGCCCGUGGGAAGAGCCACCUUUUCUGAAGGGCUUAGCACC